AUGAAGAACUUCAGCGAAAAUGAUAUUCGAAGGAUCAAGAUGUGGUUCAUUUUCAUGUGUGACAGAAGAACGUAUAUGUUCAAACCUACCAGCAACACUUUCUUUAUCAAAGACCUUCAACAAGAGUUGACCUACAUCAUCUCAAAUUUGCGGGUGGUUCCUUUCAUGCAGGAUUGUUUUCGCAACAUUCUAUCCAUCCCAAAUGGCCGAACGGAAGCUCUGUUCGAAAACGAGGGAUUCAUGGAUAGGUUAUCAGUGAUCAAGCAUUUCCUCGAGAAUAUUGCCGGCCAUAAUUCUCAGAAAUAUCAUGAUAUUUUCAAUGAAUGGAUUCAGGUGUUGAGGAAGGAAUUGUUCAUGAUUGAAGGAAGUGACAAGUACAAUCCACAAAUCAAAUGGAAGCACUCUACUGCUUGA